UCUGUAAUCUAUUGAUGUCAACAAAAUAUCAAAUCGCAUAGAAACACUGAUACAAUAUGACUCACCCAAUAACAAAUAUAAAAAAGCGGGGGCGUAAUUUUCCGAUGUGUAAAGAAGGAAAUGCAGGUGGUAAAAAACUGUUGGUGGUCUCAGACUCUCACAUAUUCACAACAAUGAUUCUGCAUCUUCUUAUGUUCAUGCUAUUCAACAUCUCAGGUGCGCAAGAUGUUCAUACUGUCAGUCGAGUGUCAGUGCAGGAAGGAAACUCCAUCAUAAUCCCUUGUUGGUAUAAGCAAAUUUAUGUAAAUAACGUAAAAUACUUGAGCCUCGGACUGUCUUUGGAUGAUAGUGAAUAUGUUACAAAAUCAAAUGGAGAAGUGAAACACAACAGCAUUUCUUUAUCGGAUGAUAAAACUUUAAAUAUCCUGAUUGUGGAAAUGAGGAGCGUUCAUAAGACUCAGACUGGUACACACUGGUGUGGGAUUGAACUUCAUGGACACCGUAUUGGAGCAAAGUUCUAUUUACAUGUCACCACAGGUAUUUCUGGGCUCUAUGUUAGGAAUCAGAUGUUGUCAGGGUUUGAGUCUGGUAGUGUAAACAUCUCUUGCCAUCAUCAUCAUCAUCAUCCACCCGAUAAAAGAGAUGAGAAGUGGUGUAAACUGGGUGGUGACUGCAUAAACAUUUCAGUGCAAUCUUUAAACAGAGAAGCUGUUACGAUCAGAUAUUCACCAGGAUUAAUGCUUGUAACCAUAAACAAACUGAAGACAGAGAACACAGGAUGGUACUGGUGCUCUGUGAAAGAUUUACAAAUCCCUGUUCAUAUCACUGUAUAUAAAAGAGAAACCAUCAUCACUACCACUAAAGAGAUGACAUCUGAGCCACCUAGGUCACCCAGCACUGUACAGCCUUCAGAAACCUUCACAACUCAAACUCUAAACCACAGUGAAACACCAUACUCAUCAUGGUUAAUAAUAUUGUGGAUCAUUUUACUGCUUCUAGUGAUAUUAAGCUGUGCUGCAGGGAUUUUGUUCAAAAGGAAGCGUAAACCGCAAAGACAAAACAGCCUAAAAAACCAACAGUCAAACACUGUCAGUGAAGAAACACAGUUCAGAUCGUGUGAAAAACAACUGGCACAGGCAGGUCCUGGAGAAGAUGAAUUAAUCUACGCUACAGUUUCAUUUAUACAGCAUUAAAAGGUUUUUUGUACUUGCCAUCGCCAUCGUUUGUGGGUGUGUGCGACUUGGAUGGACUGCAGCGCCAGGACCAGGCUGCCUGUGAGUGGCUAGCAGCAGCACCCGCUGCUUGUUCAGAAGAGAGAGCGAUACAUGCUCUCGCGUCAGUCUCCAACCAUGCCAGAAAAGAUCGCUAGAUUUGUCCUAGUCGCUUUUUGUAAAUAUAGUUGUUGAAGGGGUUUAGAAAGUUGUUAAAUCUAGUGACAAAGUCACCAAGUUGGAAACACUGCACUGCUCGGACUGUGCAUGUGUUUGUGUAUGAACUCUGGCUGCUUCUGGUUGGCUAACGAUGGAAAGUAAGCCAAUCAUCAUCGGUUAUGUGGUUGUCUCACCCCCUCUAACACACACGCACCAAUCAUCAUCAGUUAUGUGUUUUCACACACUAGAGAAAAAAAACAUUGCUCGUCUGGAUAAGAGGACCUUCUCUGGUGAAAAUCACUUCAGUGAGAUUAAUUAUAGUAAUGCCCAGCAUUUACUGUCAGUAAAGUUAUAAUGGGGCAGUGACGUAGCCACGGGUAUGCCAGGGUGUGCCAGUGCCACCCACAGUGGCAGAUGGCACACCUAAAAAUGGAUGCAGAAUAAUUUUUUUAUAGUCUCAAUAAAAAUGUUUACAAAACUUGUGCUAUUGUUGUUUUAUACAUUUUUUAAAUUAACCCUUUCACGCGUAAGUUAAAAAUAUUUUAACUGAACCCUUGUGUCCAUGGCGACGCGUCAUGAUUGUCAUGUGACACACCGCAGCCACAAUAACUAACAGAGUAUGCUACUCGUUUUAUUUAGUUUUUCCUUUUUUAUUAAAAUAUUCCCUAACUUGCUUACCAUGUCAACUAUCUGAUAUUCUGAUUCUUCAUUUAAAAACUUUUAUAAACUAUCUUGAUUUAUAACAAGAUGAGUGCUGCAGUUCAGAGAAAUACAUGAAAGUAAGUGGCUGUUGAACUGGGAAAAGAAUAGAGUAUCUUUAGACUUUAUAGUUCCGCUAUGUGUGUCUGAUUUAUGAAUAAAACAUGUUGGCAAAUGACAUUUAAGUAGAUUUAUGCAUUUAAAGCAACACUAUGUAGUUUUUUUACCUUUAAAUAAUGUCUCUAAAAUUAUUUCAGUGAUAGAACAACUUUUAACUGGACAAAUUGCAGAAGAGUGUCUGAUACCAGGCACUGUUGCGCUUUUCAACCACAUGGGGGAGCUGUAAGUCAUUUUUACAUGGGAACUACAUAGUGUUGCUUUAAUCAAGUUGCAAAAAUCAGUUUGAAUAUUUCUGACACAAGCCCUGAACAGUGAAGCCAAAAUGUCUUGAGCGCCCCCCAGUGACUGGUCCCAGUAUAGGUCAAAAACCCCGCAUCCCCAUGUUAUUCAAUGGGACUUGAGACCAACUAAAAAAUUUAAUUACACUUCAAUUAUCUUUUUUCCGAAGCUGGUUUCUGUCAUUUACUGUAGUUUUUAUCACGCUGAUGUAAAUUCAAUUGUUUUUAAAAUAAGUUUGUGUUUAAUAGUUAGUUAUUUAAAGAUAUAAAAACGGUGGU